AUGACUUCACAGCCAAAUCUCUCCAUCAAAACCACAAGCAGACCUACAAUCUUGUAUGAUCUCGUAAGAGUGCGGGAAACCCAUAUUCAAACUACCGCCAAGGAAGCAAGCGCGCCCCGUCGGACCCAACUCCUCCGCGGCACGCACACUCUCUCGCCGCCACCUUCUGGAACUUUCCCAGAAGUGGCGCGAAACCAAAACAACAACGGCAGAGAGCGCUCGCUCUUCAGUCGUUCCUCAAAGGACACUCAACGGAUGGUCGACUCCUUUCGUCGUCUCCCUCACCACCAACUCGUCUUCCGGACAAUCAACAUCAUGUCAACGACACCACAACUACCAGCACGAGCACUUCGCUCCCUACCUUAG